AGCACCGCCCCGAGCCUGACCGAUCACGUGGUCUUGACACUAUCGUCAACGCCCCACUAGCCAAUAAGGCUUCGUCUAGCGCUGCGCUGAGUGUACCUAUAGUAAGCCCCUCCCCUUAUUGAUGACGUCGCACCGGAUAAAGAAAGAUGGCGGCCUGUCACUCUCCGUUUGCCCUUACAGUGAGAUAAACAGACCAAUCGCUGUGCUGCACCGUACGCGAACCCGGAAGUGGGCGUGGCCCGUGUGUCAGGAUGCUGUGAGCCGGUGUGUGAUGCUCGGGCUGCUGUAUGUCGGGUGUGUGGGGCUGCUGACUGCUGUGCUGCCGGGACACGAUGCCAGGCACAGCCCGAUCACACAGCAGGACAUGGCUAAGUAUAGGGAUCGGGUGAAGUCCAUGUUCUAUCACGCCUACAACAACUACCUGGACAAUGCCUUCCCUUAUGACGAGCUGCGACCUCUGACCUGUGAUGGGCAGGACACGUGGGGAAGUUUUUCUUUGACUUUAAUUGAUGCGCUGGACACGUUAUUGAUUAUUGGGAAUGUCUCCGAAUUCCAGAGAGUAGUGAACGUCCUACAGGACACCGUGGAUUUUGAUAUCGACGUCAACGCUUCGGUGUUUGAGACCAACAUCAGAGUGGUCGGGGGGCUUCUGUCUGCUCACCUCCUGUCCAAGAAAGCUGGCCUUGAGCUGGAACCUGGUUGGCCAUGUUCUGGCCCUUUACUUCGCAUGGCAGAAGACGCAGCCAGGAGACUUCUUCCAGCCUUUGAUACUCAGACGGGAAUGCCUUUUGGAACAGUCAAUCUCCUGAGAGGUGUUAACCCAACAGAGACUCCGGUGACCUGCACAGCCGGUAUUGGAACCUACAUCAUUGAAUUCGCAACCCUGAGCCGCUUAACAGGAGAUCCAGAAUUCGAAAUGGUAGCGCGGCGAGCCCUCCGAGGAUUGUGGGAGAGUCGCUCAGAGAUUGGAUUGGUAGGGAAUCAUAUAGACGUAAUGACUUCCAAAUGGGUGGCCCAGGACGCAGGGAUUGGAGCUGGUGUUGACUCCUAUUUCGAGUAUCUUGUCAAAGGGGCCAUUCUUCUACAGGACGAGGAGAUGAUGGCCAUGUUUCAGGAUUACAACAAGGCUAUUCAGAACUACACCAAGUAUGACGACUGGUAUGUCUGGGUGCAGAUGUAUAAAGGCACGGUCUCUAUGCCAAUAUUUCAGUCCCUGGAAGCCUUCUGGCCUGGAUUACAGAGCUUAAUCGGAGACGUUGGAAAUGCCAUGAGAACGUUUCACAACUAUUACACCGUCUGGAAACAGUUUGGCGGUUUACCAGAAUUCUACAAUAUCCCGCAAGGAUUUACUGUGGACAAAAGAGAGGGCUACCCACUUAGGCCCGAACUGAUUGAGAGCGCAAUGUAUUUGUAUAAAGCCACCAAGGACCCGACUCUGCUGGAACUAGGAAGAGAUGCUAUAGAGUCCAUAGAGAAAAUAAGUAAAGUGGAUUGCGGAUUCGCCACUAUCAAAGAUGUUCGAGAUCAUAAAUUAGACAAUCGAAUGGAGUCCUUCUUCCUGGCAGAAACGAUAAAAUAUCUCUACCUGCUCUUCGACCCGGACAACUUCAUCCACAACGACGGCUCAGCGUUUGACCUAGUAGUGACCCCCUAUGGGGAAUGUGUGUUGGGCGCUGGUGGCUACGUGUUCAAUACAGAAGCCCACCCCAUCGACCCAGCAGCGCUGCACUGCUGCAAACGGGACGAAGAGGAGAAAUGGGAGGUGGAGGACCUGGUCAGCGAAUUCUUCUCUGUGGAGCCAAAGACUGGGAAAGUCAGAAAAGAGAAAGCUGAUGACGCAACGCGACCAGAUCCGUUUCCUACUAGAAGACACAACAGAACAAACGCCAAGCGAACGUCUCUCCUCCAUUGUCCCAGCCAACCAUUUAGCUCUAAACUGUCCGUUUUGGGACAGGUUUUUCUGGAGUAAUCCUAUAAACUGGAUUUUUAUUUUGUUUAACUCCUUAAAGGGGUACUCUGCUGCUAGACAUCUUAUCCCCUAUCCAAAGGGUGCGGGAUAAGAUGUCUGAUUGCGGGGGUCUUGCUGCCGGGGCCUCCCACGAUCUCCCAUAGUACACGGCGUUCUAAACAAACACCGGGUUCCUGCAGCAGUGGUCGUUACGUCACAUCCCCUCCAUUCAUGUCUAUGGGAGGGGGCGUGUCGGCUGACACGCCCCCUCCCAUAGACAUGAUUGGAGGGGGGUUGCGUGACAUCACGAGGGGCGUGGUCAUGACGUCACGGCCUCCGGCGCUGAGCGAUCUGAACAAAGUGUUCAGAGCGCU